AUGCCUAGCGAACAGGAAAGGCAAAUAGCAGAGCUGAGCGAGAGCCUUCUGGAGGCCAUGGUCGCGGAUCUCGCUACUUCGAUCGCGAUCGCAGGUCAUCGCGAGGUCAAACUCUGCCGGACGCCUUGUCACCGGUGUGGAACUCACUGUCGAGGCAAAGCACAACUACCUCCUCCUUCAGCAACGACGCUGGCACCUCCAACACACCACUCGAACGGGAACAAGUCUAGAUCGUCAACACCACAAUUUGGAGGAGACGGAUCAGGAUCAGGUGGUCAGGUCAAGAACGGCGUGGUGUUAUUACCGUGCCUUUACUGUGGGCGCCAGAUCGCUUCGAACCGUUAUGCUCCGCAUCUAGCGGGCUGCUUGGGGCUCGCUGGAGGUUCACGUCGGACAGCCCGAGCAACAGCUACGGGGAAUGGGAAAUCUCGCAUGGGGUCUGAACGAUCCGCCUCUCUAUACCUGGACAAUGAGUCUGACGCCGGCAGCGAUGCGAGCGGUCCUACGACGCUUUCGACGGCAUCAGCCUCGGCAGCGCCGCCGAAGACGGGCAGAGGUCCUGGACGGCCGCCAAAGAACGCUAACGGCAAAAGGGCAAAUUCACCAGCCACCAAGCCUGGCAACCUUAAGAAGACGAAGAAUAAUACUAACAAUCCACAUCCUCUCACGCAAUCUGCGACCAUCCCGGACUCGCCCCUUACACCAAGUCUACCCCUUUCGGCGGGAUCGAAAGGGGUACCUCGACCAUAUGCGCCAUCUCAGACCCCGCAAGCUCCUGACGCUGAAGGAGAAGAGGAUGCCGAAGGAGAGGAUGACGUCGGUUUCGAUGAUGCGUCGGGUAUCGGUGGGUAUAUGGAUGCGGAGGGGGAAGAGGAUGACGAAUACAUGCACAGCGAUAAUGGGAGUGAUGGAAGUGAGGAUGUGGACGAUAAUGGACAGGAGAUCGAUGAUGACUACGCCUGA